ACCAGAACAAAAGGUUUAUUUUUCAGCCAGACCAGGCUCCCUUAUGCUAGCAGGCAUCAGGGGACAGACAACACUAUGAUAAGGAUGAGCAGUCAGACAUGACAGACUUCAUUAGAACAUGGUACUGCCCCAAAAUUACUGGUGACUUUUCUCCUUCAGUCUUUCAGAUCUAACAGGAGCUGUUUUACAGGAAUAAGCCUUUAAGGGUGGAUGUUUUUAUUCCCCAAAAAGCAGGCAACUGAGCAAGCUAGCAGCAGAGAAGACUAUAAAGAAAGGCUCCACACACAAAUACAAUUACUUAAACAUUUAUCCCUGAAGAAAAGGCCUUGUGGCCCGUUCCUGUUAAUUUGCUACUGCCAAAUUGUUCUGCUAGCUGAAACCCCAUCUGAAAUGUAAUACUGGGUGCAAUGUGACAUGUGUUUCUGCUGAUGUCACUCAGUAGCUCUCCCACACACAUGCUGUCACAGGAAGGAAUAAAUAUUUUUUUGUUUCUCACAAAUUCUGCAGUUCUCAUCCUGCUAAGAACACAUUAAUGGUCUUCCAAGGGAUGUAUAACGCUCUUUCUCACCCUCCUACUCUCGCGUGCCCUUUUGCCUCUGUUCUGUGCUAGGAUCUGUCAUGUUUCCAGUGCACCAACACUUGAGGCCUGAUGACAUCUAAGUGGAAGGUGAAGUAUGAAUCACUGUCAUUAAAGAGUGGCAGGCAAAGAAAGAGGUGGAGAUAAAAGAAGGAUUUGGGAAAACAAAUAAUCUGAAAAAUGUCUUCUAUUGUCCUUCCUUGCUAUUUCAUGUAUUAACAUGCAUCUGGGCAAGUGCCUCACAUGUCGCUGGCAGAGCAAGUCACUACAGCAACCAAAGCCUGAUGCUACGAUGCUCGUAGUACGAGCAUUACUGUACCUUUGGCUUUUUGCCCCUUCACCCACAUGGUCUCCACAAUAAAAAGCCUUUCAGCUUUUGCCAGCCGUAUGAAGCGAGACCCAUAGGCACCCCUAACCAAACUGCUUAUUAGGGGGAACGAAAUAAGCUGAUUAAUUAAAUAACAAAAAAGUACAUUGCGCUAGAAGCAUCCAACCAGAGGACUGAGCUCCAGCAAAAUGCAAGCUGUGCUUAACUAGGGAGCCAAUAUUACAGUGAAGGACAGAAAACUUCCUCAGUGGCACGUUUGAGGUGUCUGCAGCUAUUUCCAGCAUGACGGGCACAACGUGAAGGCUGCGCACAAGGGGACCGCGGGAAGAAGCGGGAAGCGGUGCCAUGCUGCCUCCUCUCCUAUCCAUUUUCUUUUUUUUCUCCUUUUUUCUCCCCUCUCCCUCGAAGCCAGGCAGCCUGACUCGGCCAAAAGCCUGGGCGAGGGGCCGGGGACUCGAAGAACGAGGAGGAAACGAGAAAAGGACCCGGGCUGCGCCGCACGGGCGGCGGCCGUGCCGCAGAGGCGGGGUCUCGGGGUCCGAGCUCCCCACCCGGCUCUCCGGGGCAGGGCUCCGGGCAGGUUUUGGGCAGCCGUAGAGGACGACGCAGCUCCGGCAGCGGUCAGGGUAACAUUUCUUUCCUCGCUUCUUGCGAGAGCAGCAGGAGGAGGGGACCCCACCUGCGGGGCAGCUCCCCCCGGGCACUUCGGCUUUCCGUUCACACGCGUUGCUGCGCCGCUUCGGUUCAUCCCUCUCUCGUCCUUCCCCUCUUUCCGAGCAUCUCUGUGCCGGCGCAGUCACAUGUUUGGGCUCAGAUGCCUUUAAUCCCACCCUCACUUGCCCGAGAGGGAGGAGAAGAGGGAGGAAGGAAUAAAUAAAUAAAAAAAAAAAAAAAGAAGGAAAAAGAAAUUGCGGGAGCGAAGUGAGCAACAAGCGGAGCGGCGGAGAGCGGGGCCGGACGGCUGCCCCGGGCGGGGGCAGGGAAGAAAAACUUUGGCAGCCACUGCUGCAGUGAUGUCUUGCAAUCCAGAGAAGAGGCAGUGGAAGUGAAGGAGAGAGGGCAUGAGUAGAGCAGGAGUGCCCCCCUUCUGCAGCAGCGAUGUUACACCACGCCUGGCAGCUCUAUGGGAGGUGGUGCCGUUGGUCCAGUCCUUUUGUCCACCUCCUCACACUGACUGUAGUGACAUUCGGUGUGCUGGCUCCUUUGAUUUGCCACCGGCUCCUCCACUCCUAUUUUUAUUUGCGGCGCUGGCACCUGAAUCCCAUGAGCCAGGAGUUCCUGAAGCAGAACCAGCAGGAGGGCCAGGCUGCCCUCCAUUACUUUGAGAAGCUGCAGAUACCAAACAUCUCCAAGACCUCUGGCAGCGAGACCUUUCGGCCCUUGUUGCUGGUCACCAUUAUCACUGUGCAGAGGAGGAAUGAUUUCCACUACGUCUUGCAGGUGGCCUCUCGCUUCCACCACCUCCUCCAGCAAUGUGGUGCACGCUGCCAGAGCCACCGUGUCCUCCUCUGUAACGUGGAGUCAGACCCCAGCCGCCACCAGGAUGUCAGGCUGCUGAGCAGCUUCUUUCCAAUGGUCAGUCGUGACAAAACUGGGGAGGACCCUGACCCUGGAUUGAACCAGUUUGAGAAGGAGAAGCAGGACUAUGUUUUCUGCCUUGAGCAGUCACUCUUGGCAUAUAACCCAGAAUAUGUCCUGGUAGUGGAAGAUGACGCUGUGCCAGAAGACGAGAUAUUCCCUGUCUUGCAGCACCUCUUGUUGGCCCGAUUCUCCAAACCGUACCUCAGAGAUGCACUCUACUUCAAGCUUUACCAUCCUGAGAGGCUUCAGCACUAUGUCAACCCCGAGCCCAUGCGAAUCCUCGAGUGGCUGGGCCUGGGCAUGUUUCUGGGGCCUGUGCUGAACUGUGGGUACUCCUGGGCAACUGGUCGCCCAGGCCUGAGCUGGCCCAUCAUCUUGUUCUUUGCUUUGUACAGCAUGGCUUUGUCAGAGCUGGUGGGACGGCACUACUUGCUGGAGCUGCGUCGGCUGGCCCCCAUGCUGUAUAACGUCGUGCCGGUCACUGAGUGCUGCACGCCUGCCAUGCUCUUCUCUGCUCCUUCUGCCCAACGUGCCUUAGGUUACCUGAAGGGGCUGCAAUGCCGACAGGGUUUUGCGAAGGACAUUGCCCUCUACUCGCUGCUGCACGCUAAGGGGGAGAGUGCCUACGUGGUGGAACCCAAUCUGGUCCGGCACGUGGGAAUGUAUUCCAGCCUUCGUCUAAAUGACAACCCCAAACUGCUGUGAUGGGUUCACGCCUUUCGUGACUCAAAGCCCUGAGAGCCUUGCCUCUGGGCUGAGAGAUGCCGUGCAAGCUCAGAUGCUGUGCCACUCACAACAAACAUCAAGUGUCUCCAAGUGGCCAAAGAACACCUUUAUUGCACAAAAAAAAAAAAAAAAGUUAAAAAAAAAAUCAUGUACACGGGGACCUUGUUUAAUAUAUACUUUGAACUAAUCACCGUACACCGUGGGGAGGGAAGUAGAGGCUUUCAGCUGAAGGUGUGGAUUAUCUGCUCUCCACCAUUCUUAGCAAAAAGCUCUCACAACAAUAUAAACAGCUAUACAGCAUACUCUCCACUGGUGACAGAAAUCUUCAACUUAGGGCAACAACAAUGCUGGACAAAGUGAAUGUUUCAAAUUCAACCUAGUGAGGAGGAAGAGCCUUUAUUUGUCCAUCCUCACUAAGGUCUGAUGUGUGACCUUUCUGCUUCAAAGCUGUGUUUUUGAGCAGAUCUUUCAGAGGUACCGUGGUUAUAAUGAGAACUUUCCCUGAAAUUUCACGUAGAUUCCACAAAUUUCACUAAGCCUCUAUUUCUUACUGUCUCACCGUACAGAUCCUGUCCGUACUGCUACCAUUCCCACUCCUUUUUCUUGGAACAGAGGCUCCUAAAAGCUUAAGUCUCUGCUUCUUUGUUAAAGGUCAACUCUGAGGGUAGGAAUAGGAAAACGUAAUGACAGCCAUUAGUCACAAAUGCACACUCUCAUGGAUACAUUUCCAGAUGUUAUAAAUAAUACAGGGUGACUAACAUGUUGCUUGGUAUCACCGCGAGCUGUAGUGGAUCCAGGUCAUUAAAAGAGGCCUUAUCAGUUGCUGAUUGGACUUAGACAUUCAACAUGAAUUUACCUUGACUUCCUAUCAGCACAAAGUCAAAGGGGAGAUUACAUCAGCUGCCAUGGUGCAGGAUCCUUUAUUUCAUUUUGGAGCUACAGUUCCCAGCUCUGCUUAAAUGGUUUGUUCACUGUUCCUGGCAACAAACAAACUGUCCAUAAGCAGCAAAGCUAUCUGCUCCUAAAACCAAGCAACAGUACCACAAUAGAUCAGGUUGCCACUCUUACACCAACCCACUAACUUACUGUGGUUGUUGGGCAUUCGGGAUGGGUACUUUGUACCCCAGCUGCGAGCACAGUUAAAUAUAAAACUGUGGGGAUGGCAGAAAUCUCAUAUAAGCUCAAAACUGUCACUUAAAUGUUUCUGUCUGAAAAUAACACACCCAGACUUCAGUGAGCUUUGAAUCAAAUUCACUUACUGGUGGAGUUUGGUUGAACUACAUUUGAAACCAUUUUCCUAGCUUCAGAAUGAACCAAGUACAAUAUUUUCACAGAGUUUUGAUGGGAUUGUUUGUGUUGAGUGUUGUUUUUUUCGUUGUUUUUUUCUUUGUUUUUGGUGAAGGAAGAGCUCUACUUUGAAUUUUACUUCCCCCAGUCUCUCCUGGGUGAGUUAAACCUUUAGCUUUUAACAAGUCUCGUUGCAGGUUGGAAAGGCAUACAGCUCCUGAGAGAUGAAACUAAAGAAAAUAUUUGCAGACCUCCACCCGUCAGUCCACGAUGGGUGCUGAACACACAAAACACGUGCAUAAUGCAAGCUAGCCAGUGAAGAACGUCCUCACCGCCCUGAGCAGUGCAUGCUCAGGCACGUGAACUUUGCUGUCUCAGUAGAUCAGCUGGGACACUUUAAUGACAUCUUUGGAAAUCAGACGGGAGUAAGGGUUGCUUGUGGAUUUCAUGUCAUUCCAACGGCAAAACAUUUCUUCUGUCAGAAGACGAAGGAAAAAUUGCACAGGCAGAACUAAGCCAUUAAUCUUUAUGCACUGAAAACCCCAAAGAUAUCAAAGCGGUCACACAGAACCACCAGCGGCAGGUGUGCAAACCUGUUCUCAGGCUUCUCUAUAACAUGGCAGGAUUUGAUGGCAGGAAUUGAGUGUCACUGUCUAUUUAUUCCACUAAGUGCCUGCACCUGCAAAUACAAGUUGUUUGCUUAUGCUCCUUCAGCUGUGAAUGUUUCAGUGUGCUGUGCUUUGUCUUCACUCUUUUUUUAUCUUUGUACUGUACAAAUCCAGAACAAUGCCCUGUUCUUUUGUGAGGGCCCACUUGUUAUCACAGUGAAAAUCUCACAGCAAGGUACAGUAAGUGGGAUAGGGAAAGGAAAAAGGAGGGAAGGAAAAGGAAGAAAGGAAUGUUAGAAAAGAAACCAACUGACUAUAUGGCGUUAAUAAAUGUUUUGAUGUGGGAAAUGA